AUGGAGAAAAGAUCCUAGUGAUCAAACUUUAAUUAAGACAUAUCAAGCAUUUUAUAAUUCAGUAUCAAACUCAGUUAAAAAUACCAAUAGUGUAGAAUCUAAUGAAAUUAGCGAAGAUUAUCAAUAUCUUUCAAAUCGGUUAUGGCAUAAGUUAUAA